UUGGGGAGCUGAUUCGAAUUAGCGUAGUGCGUAUUUGGAACGGAUCGCUCAUGUAACCGAAACGUCCGAGGCACCGUCCGAGGCACACGAUUCGGGCCGUAUUUCACAAGAACUAUUCUUUGCUGACUGGAAGCGUCAAAAUGCAAAAUACUAAGCAUUUUUUUAUUGGCUGCCUCGUAGAAAAUAGCAAAAAAAAUGUUGGUAUUUUGGUUUAGUCUUUGCAUGUGAAAUAAAAUGAAUGAAAUAUUUUGAUAGAUAAUUUUUUCUGACCACCCUGCUGUCGCUGCAUGGCGAAUCAGUGCCCACUGACUUAAAACAAGAAAACUUUGUUUUCAUUUUUUGAUUUCAUGUUAGUUUUAAAUGUUUUGAGCCUAUCAAAUGAUACAAGUAUUUAAAAUUUAGCUCAGUCGUCCCGGUAAAUGCCGCAACUGCGCCAUGACUGUACGCUAAUCCUAUUCCGUUUGUGAUGCGAAUUACCGGCCGUCGAGGAGUCAGCCCGGAUGCUACAGUUUUCCUGAAGCCAAGGGAACAAGACAACAUGACCACCCCAAAGAAGAUAAUUCUUCUUGCCUGUGGGUCCUUCAAUCCACCAACCCAUAUGCAUCUAAGGAUAUUUGAGAUAGCCAGAGACUACCUUCAUAGAAUGGGCAAGUACCAAGUGGUGGCUGGACUCAUGUCUCCAGUGCAUGACUCCUAUGGAAAGAAGGACCUGGCCUCGGCGUCGGACCGGUGCGAGAUGGUGCGCCGCUCGCUGCAGACCUCCAACUGGAUCCACCUCUCCGACUGGGAGUGCCGCCAGACCGGCUGGACGCCCACGCGGCAGGUGCUGCACCACCACCAGGAGCUGAUCGACUCCAUCGUGAACGGUAACCUGGACAACAGCACCAAGCGCCAGCGGACGGACGGCCUGUCCUGGGCGAGCGAGCUCGGCUCCGAGCAGCUGCACGUGAAACUGCUCUGCGGCGGCGACCUGCUCGAGUCGUUCGACAGACCCGGACUCUGGAAAGACGAGGAUAUCGAGGCGAUUGUCGGCGGCUAUGGCCUGGUGGUGAUCACGAGGGAGGGCAGCAACCCUCUGAGGUUCAUCUACGAGUCGGACGUCCUCACCCGACUGCAGCGCAACAUCGAACUGGUGACCGAGUGGAUCGCCAACGAGGUGAGCUCGUCGCGGAUCCGCCGCGCGCUGGGCCGGUGUGAGAGCGUCAAGUACCUGAUGCCCGACCCGGUCAUCAACUAUGUACACCAGCGUGGCCUGUACGGGGCCAGCAGACGACCGCUCGCAGCCGGCGUGCGAAACGGCACAGCCGACAUCUGCACAGACGCCGCGGACGACCCCGCCGUCGGAAAACGUGCGCGGCCGGACCUGGAAGCGAGCCGGCGAAAAGAAGCCCGGCUCUAGCCGCCGCGUGCGCCCCGAGCCUGCAGCCAAGGCGGCGCCGGCCUGGAGCGAGGCGCCGUCGCCGGUGCCGGCCGCCGGCCGCCUGAAGGGGUGCGCCUCGUGUCCCGGCUGCCUGACCUGUGUGCCCGGCUCGGCGCGCCCCGUCAGUCGCCGCGACUAUGUGUAGGCCGCCGCCCGCAUGGUCGGCCGACCGCCGCUCGACCCUCCCGACGACCCGCGCCCCUCUGCAUUCUGUAGCGCCGCCUGCUGCUGCACGAACGGUUAGUGUCCGCCGCUGUAACGGACCGCGUUCCCACACAGCUCUCCUGCUUCUCCACUGGGUCGGCGCGGAGCUCACGGCGACACGCAGCGCGCACGAAUGACGUGCGAGCGUUUGCGACUCGGUAGCGGCGCGUCCGGAAUCUGCGGAACCGCUGAACCGCCGUCCGUGCGGGCGGCUGGCCCCGUGUCGGACCUGUCCUGCCGUCUCCGGCCGACUUUCGCUGGUGCACGCUGCACGGCCGGCGGGGUGUCCGGCCCGUGCCGUGCUGAAAGUGAGAGCGGGCGAGCCGGCCAACGGCUGCCGAUCGGCAGAUCGGGAGGGGUCGACAGGACCGGGCGCACCUGCGCCGUCCAACAGGAAUGACGGCGCGGCUCUCACCGGCGGGCGGCCGGCUCUGCGGCGCGCUGCUGCUGCCGGCCGGGCUGCCCGGCUGCGGAGGGCGGGUAGGGCGCGCCCCUCGCAGGGUUGGUCAGAGGGCCGGUAUGCGUGCCGUGCAGCGUGACAACCGGUCUGGUGAGAUCUCCGCGGCGUGUUUGAGCAUAUGCACGACGCGCGCGCCUCGGCUGCACACCUGACGUAACUGACCGCGCAGGACACCCGCGUCACCGUCCGCGCCGCGGCGUCUGGGCAAGGAGGCUGGCGGGGAGCGGGACCCGUUAGACGCUGUACCUCUGACGGAGUGCCGGCGACGGAGGGCCUGUGGCUCAGCUCAGGGUAGUACCGAAAUGGUAGAGGAUGAUGGGUGGUUGGUGGAGUGGACAGCGCGGCAGACUGGCGUGAAGUGGCGGAAACAUCGGGAGUGGGUCGAUAGGGUGGAUAGAUAGUUGCGUCGCUGAACGUUUCGAGUCAGGUAGGCUAAGGUGUGCUGUUUCGACGAACGACUCCCGUUACCCAGCGGUGACAUGUAGCGCUCGGCUGCCGCCCAGCUUCCAGUGAAAUUGUCCGUCCGCCACUCGGCUCUCAGUGUUGCUUCUGCCUCCCCUACUUUACACUCGCGUCUCACGUGGUAAUGCUCGUAUCUCUGCUUUCUACAUAUUCCUACGGUAUCCGUGUCCACACUCAGGCUUUUUACUUCAUGUUUUGCCUCGCUUACUCCCUCUCAGGACUAGAUCGGCUUUUUAUGCUUUAGGCUCCGAUUCUUCAGUAGUAGGUACUUAAAUCACGUGCAAUAUAGGGACGAGCUAACGGAUUCGCAGGAUCUGAUCAGGGGCUGUAAUAGGGUUGGCGGAUGUGUCAUGAAAAUCCUGUGCUUUGUUCAAGCCUUGGAUUUUCACGUAGUCGUGUAUAGUACUUCAGCGAAAUGUGAUAAUCGAGCUUAUAUUUUUGUCGGCUGCGGUUUUAGAACAAAGUAUUGCGGGAGGAGGUCUCUGUACGAACACAGUGCAAAGCUGACGGAGUUGAAUACAUACACGCACGAAC